CCUUUUACCCUGGCUGCGAGCAAAGUGUCUUCAUGAGCGCAGAGGAUGUCCGGGAAGCAUUACAAGGGGCCUGAAGUCAGUUGUUGCAUCAAAUACUUCAUAUUUGGCUUCAAUGUCAUUUUCUGGUUCCUUGGCAUAGCAUUUCUUGGGAUUGGAUUGUGGGCAUGGAAUGAAAAGGGAGUGCUGUCCAAUAUCUCCUCCAUCACGGACCUGGGAGGCUUUGAUCCCGUUUGGCUCUUCCUGGUGGUGGGAGGAGUUAUGUUCAUUCUGGGAUUUGCAGGAUGCAUUGGAGCCUUGCGAGAAAAUACCUUUCUGCUCAAGUUCUUUUCAGUGUUCCUUGGAAUUAUUUUCUUCCUGGAGCUCACUGCUGGUGUGCUAGCAUUUGUUUUCAAAGACUGGAUCAAGGACCAACUGUAUUUCUUUAUAAACAACAACAUCAGAGCUUACCGAGAUGACAUUGAUUUGCAAAACCUCAUAGACUUUACACAGGAAUAUUGGCAGUGCUGCGGGGCUUUCGGGGCUGAUGACUGGAACCUCAACAUUUACUUCAACUGCACCGAUUCCAAUGCAAGCCGAGAGCGCUGUGGGGUGCCCUUCUCUUGCUGCACUAAGGACCCUGCCGAAGAUGUUAUUAACACUCAGUGCGGCUACGAUGCAAGGCAGAAACCAGAAGUCGAUCAGCAGAUUGUUAUCUACACGAAAGGCUGCGUCCCACAGUUUGAGAAGUGGCUGCAGGACAAUCUUACCAUAGUUGCUGGUAUAUUCAUUGGGAUAGCUCUACUGCAGAUAUUUGGGAUAUGCUUAGCCCAGAAUUUGGUUAGUGACAUUGAGGCUGUCAGAGCCAGCUGGUAAAACUGCUGAAAUAACCACACAAGACACUGGACAACCGAAACCCUCUGAAACCUCCAGUGUGUCGCUCCGACACCAAGCUGUAUGGACAUGGGUGACAGGGAAGUCUUCUCUCCCAAGUAGUCUCAACUCUUAAGUUCCUGAUAUUGCGGUGAACUCGUGUUUCUUUGGUGGGGCGGGGGAGAGAAGAGUGGGCUGUCUUAAAAUCUGCUGCUCACUGACGACUUUCUUCGCUUCAAACCACCGUUUUGAAAGCUGUUGAGCCGUGAAUCUCUACUGUAUUCUUGAUCCUGAGUAACAUGUGGACACUUUUUAAAAUUGGUGUAUUCAGUGGGACAGAGUUACAUUGUAGUUUGUGGAUAUGCUGUUUAUUCUGUGUGUCAUGAGCUCCUGAUAGCUGCCAAAUAUUCCUGAGAUGGUCUCGCUCUUCACCACUUUGUAAAGGAACAGUCUUGUUUUCACAACUAAAGAGAGCUCCUGGCCUAAACCCAUUAAGCAGAAAGCAACUUUCUAUGCACCUAUUGUACAAUAAAUGAAAUUGUUUUUAAAACAAGGGAAAACUUUUUUUACACAGGCUUCCAACCAUCUCUCCAUAGUGCUUUGAGGUUGGAAUCAGCAGACUCGCAGGGAGAAUUGCCUAAUUUUAUCAGCAUCUUUCUUCCUUUCUCCACCCUUGUACUGAAGGGAAAGAAGUUUUAUAUUUGACAAGCAAGGGUUGCAGAGCCUCUGGUUGCUGCCAUGCUGUAGGCAUCAGCCUCUGAAGG